AUGGGAAAUAGUCCCUCCAAGAGUCCGCCAGGUAACUCCCACGCUCCGCUAGCCGGGUCUCACAACGUUCCUGGCCAAGAGCGAAGGGUGAACAGGCGGACUUCAAUCAAUGCAUUGUCAGGCACAAAAGCGAGCGCCGCAGAUCCCUCGGCUACCAGAGAGAGCGCCACAGGCCAACCAGCUUCUCAUGGUGUGGCUGCGGGACAGCAGCAACGUCCACAGUCGCGAAAUGUCCCUCCUCAAACGACACAACCGAUUCAUGAAGUGCCGGAUAGGACAGGUGGUAGAAGAUUUGAUGGUCGACACUCGGCAAGAGAGGCUGUAGAGGCCUCUAGUCCAGUUCAAGUCCCCGCAGCGACAAAUCGUCCAGGGCGAGAUGAAGGCUACGUACCGCACGAAUCUUCGGCGAACCCUGCAAAUACAUACUAUUCCGCAUCCCACCUCCAGAGAGGUCCUCCUCGAUUACCGCUGCCCAUCGGAGACGCCAAUGCUACCCCAGGUUCGCCGGUUAUUGCGCCGGUAGAUUCGCAAGUAGACUCGGUUCCGUUCGAAUUGGAAAAUCAAAUACCUCAAGCAACAAUAUCACUUGAUGAUCCGCAUGUCGAUGAAGAUGAGGUCGAGGAUGAAAUGCAGGCCUAUGCGAUGCAUGGCCCGGGUAGCAAGGCUGUGCCAACCGUGAUCGAAUGGAGGGGCACUGGGGAUCGUGUAUUCGUUACGGGUACAUUCGUUAACUGGGAAAAGAAAUUCAGAUUACACAAAAGUGACACGGAGCCUAACGUCAAGUCAACAACUUUACACCUUCGACCUGGAACGCACCACCUCAAGUUCAUUGUCGAUGGAGACAUGCGAGCUUCGGACGACCUCCCAACAGCCGUAGACUUCACAAAUCAUCUUGUCAACUAUAUUGAAGUAGUAGCAGACGACAUAGGAGGUCAGCGGUCCAGGCGAGAAAGUGAACGAGCAAUGAAAGCCAUGGUCCCCGCAGGCGUUCAUCCACCGCAAGUUCUCCCCGAAACCGUAACCGCACAACAGAAUCAAGAAGCCCUCGAAAAGGACGAAGAACCCGAAGAGGAGCCCGAAGAAGAAAUACCCAUGGGAAACUUCCGCGGCACCGUCCCUCAAUUUCUCAUAGACAUUGACCGUGAAGAAGAAGAUGCUGAGUAUCAAAGAGCAGCAAAUGUGAUCGCUGAUGCUCCUACGCCUCCAAUUCUGCCUCUGUUCUUGGGAAGGUCGAUUCUAAACGGAACAACGCCAAUGAAGGAUGAUAACAGUGUACUGAAUUAUCCGAAUCAUACGGUGUUGAAUCAUCUUGCUACGAGUAGUAUCAAGAACGGUGUUUUGGCCACAAGUGUCACGACUCGAUAUAAACGAAAGUAUGUCACAACUAUAUUGUACAAACCAACUGGCGAUGUUAUGUAAUACGUAGUUCUAAAUGGCGACUUCUUCCAAUGUGUUCAUGCAGAAAGAUUCCUUUUUAAUACCUUCUGGCCGCCUUGUUGAUGUAUGUGAUGGGCCGAUGAAUGAUUAUAAUAUGGAAUAUGCCUUUCUAUUCUCUUUUCUAUUCUUCUGGGGGCAAAUAAUCGCGGGGAUGCCCAAAUGACAAUUAUGAAUCAUGAAGCAGGUAGCGACUUUAUGGGAGAUUUGCGUUGAAGACAAGUGCUUUAUUUUC